AAAAAGGCGCGCUUCAAAAACAGGGUUGGCGCCAUCAGACAGUCCCACUCUUGAAAAAUACCGCCGCGAGUAAAGUAAAACCCCAAUAUUCUCAUCAGCCGCAGCCAACGGCGAAGAGCGAACGGCCACGUUCGUAACAAUAUACAUAUAAAAGACAGAAAAUUACGAAGAAGAAGCUAUACGGCGAUGGCGGAAGUAGUUUCUCUAAUGGACAUCGACGAAGACGACAACCACCAGAAACAAAACAACUCUCAAAAGCUUAACAAGGGCAAAGGUCUCGUCACAGCCGCCGAUACCAAACCCACUCCCUGGGUCGAGAAGUACCGUCCUCAGUCACUCGCCGACGUAGCCGCUCACCGCGACAUCGUUGACACCAUUGAUAGGCUUACAAGCGAGAACAGAUUGCCGCAUCUUCUAUUGUAUGGUCCUCCCGGAACUGGCAAAACAUCUACCAUUCUGGCUGUUGCACGGAAGCUUUAUGGAUCACAGUAUCGUAAUAUGAUUCUCGAGUUGAAUGCUUCAGAUGAUAGAGGAAUUGAUGUUGUUAGGCAACAGAUUCAAGAUUUUGCUAGCACCCAAAGCUUCUCAUUUGGGGCGAAGUCAUCAGUGAAGUUGAUUUUACUUGAUGAGGCUGAUGCUAUGACAAAGGAUGCCCAAUUUGCUUUGCGUAGAGUUAUCGAGAAAUAUACAAAGAAUACGAGAUUUGCACUGAUCUGUAAUCACGUCAACAAGAUCAUUCCAGCAUUACAGUCCAGAUGUACUCGGUUCCGAUUUGCACCUCUUGAUCCUAUUCAUGUCACUGAGCGACUUAAACAUGUUAUACAGGCUGAAAGGCUUGAUGUACCUGAUUGUGGCUUGGCAGCACUAGUACGGCUUAGCAAUGGUGACAUGAGAAAGGCUUUGAACAUUUUGCAGUCAACACACAUGGCUUCUCAGAAGAUUACAGAAGAAGCCGUGUAUCUCUGUACUGGAAAUCCGUUGCCUAAAGACAUCGAGCAAAUAUCUUACUGGCUUCUGAAUGAAUCAUUUGCAGAGAGUUUCAAACGAGUAUCUGAAACAAAGACCAGGAAAGGAUUAGCCCUGAUCGAUAUUGUAAGGGAAGUGACAAUGUUUGUUUUUAAGAUUAAAAUGCCCUCUGAUGUUCGAGUUCAGUUAAUUAAUGACUUGGCAGACAUAGAGUAUCGAUUGAGUUUUGGGUGCAAUGAUAAGUUGCAACUGGGAUCUCUCAUUGCUAUUUUCACAAAAGCUAGAUCUUCCCUAGUUGCGGCAGUGAAGUAGCUGUUUCAAGCUUGGCCUUGUUUCUUCUCCCAAUCUCAUAAUGUUCUUUCUGUAUGAUUUAAGCCUCUGACAAAUAGAAAGUGUUUUUGCUUAUGUAGUCCAUGAGUCGUGAAUACCUAAAGAAUGUAGUCUUCAGGCCCUAAAGAUGUUUUUUUUUUUGCAGUGAUUUUUGCUUCUUAUGAGCUCUCAGAUCCUUCAUGUUUUGCUUCUUAAACAAUGCUUAGCUUAUGGUAAAGUGAUUUAUUUUGAGGGAACAAA